CAUACAAUCUACCGUGCGAAUGGACUUUGAUGCGCCAAGUUGUUCCGUCGUUGUUCCGUCGCGAACAUCUCGGCCAAUUCUCGCCCUCGUAGACAUGAUGAACACGCUGGCGACAAUGCGCCCGUAUAAUGCAUAUAAAGAUGAUGGCUAACUUCCGUAUCGAAGCUGCUAAUCAUCACACAGACACCAUCGCAGCAAACCACCAAAGACCUCAACAAUACAAAAACUACCGUAGUCGACCUCGCAAAGCAGCCUCAAUAACACCAUAAAACCAACUGAACGACCACACAUCACUACAACCGACAAGAUGAUCGCUAAAAUGCCCCAAUCCACCACCGUCGCGUUCUUCGGCGCGACCGGCGGCGUCACCAACGCCAUCCUCAUCCACACCCUGCUUGCAGGCUACAAAGCCACAGCUCUCGUCCGCACACCAGCCAAGCUUAUCAAGCAAUUGACUGAGCAAGGUCUCGAUGAAGUCCUGGUAGCCAAGAACCUCACCAUCAUCGAGGGCAACGCUUUGGACGUCGCAGCAGUGAAAGGCACCUUGACAGCACGAGACGACCUGCCCACACACAUUGUCACUGGUCUUGGCGGCUCGCCCAGUCUGCAAUUCGACCCAUGUCACCCACUGCACAUCGCGAAACUGGACAACAACAAUAUUUGCGAGACCGCGGCCAAGACGCUUGUUACGGCGCUGCGCGAAAUCUAUGUUGAAAAGCCUCACCUGGCGGAGAGAAAACCACUACUCAUGUUCGUUUCGACGACCGGCAUUUCGCGUGGUCCCGAGGAUGUGCCAUUCGGUAUGCGCUUCAUGUACCAUCAGAUGCUUGCCGUGCCGCACGCGGACAAGAAGAAGAUGGAGAAUGUGUAUCGUGCAGACAACGGUGCAUUCCGCAAUGUCACGGGGAUCCGGCCGACGUUGUUGACUGGCGCUGUCGAGUACACUGAUGUCGUGGGACUGGAGAAGGUAAGCAGCGGGACUGAGGCCAAACCGGCGCGGGGGUUCAGCAUCAAGAGGGCGGAUGUUGGACAUUGGGUGUUUGAAAACCUGAUCAAUGAGGAGAAGAGACGGCCGGAGUUGGAGGGUGAGAUGGUCUCAUUGACGAGUUGAAUGUUUCAAUUGUAUUUGGUUUGACGCGUUGGGAGCGGGAGUUGUGUUGCAUAUAUGGCUUGAAGGUAUAACAGAUAGAUUGGUUAAACAAUGUACCAGUAAUAACAAGAUAAAUGCGAAGCAUAAUUGUGUGA